CCAAUAUUAACACUAAUACAACCGAUUCAGGUAUUUUAUAGGAUCUAUACACAGUUUGUUUGUGUCUGGUUUAACUUGCUAAACAUACCUAAUACAACAGAAGUAGCUAAUUUAGGCUGUUUAUCUGGUGUGACUAUAACGUUAGCACCAGGGCUAACCACUUUGGAAUAGGCAUAAACACCUUAGAAUUUUUUUUCCCCAUUCUGCCGACAUUGCGUGAAUGCAGCAUAAGGUCACAAACUCACUCUACGGCAGGCGGAUUAAUAUACUUGUUAUACGGUCACAGAUGUACGUUUGAAAUAUUUUGAACUGUUACCUUUAAGGGUGAGGAACUUAAAACCGUACUAUUAAGAAUAUCUUUUGUUUUCCUUUUAAUGUGCUUUUUCAUUGCGAAUGAAAUUACGCCACCAAAAUGAUAGUCCAACCACUCGGUACUAUUAAAAGCAAAAAUAUCAAUAUUCAUCACCUACAACUACUUCCAUGGUCAGACCAAGGACGGCUAGCUUAGCUACUCCUUUCUCAGGUCCUGCCCCUCCCUGACCUUUCCUUGAUCUGCCGGUCCGUCAACACAGUGCUACACGGUAAAGGUGAGCAGGUGUGAGGGGGGUACCGGUGGAGAUGACGGGGCUGACCGAGGUGGACAUACCCGGAGCCAUCUUCACAUUUGGGCAGAGCAGCUUUGCAGACAAUGUGCCCAGUAAAUUCUGGUUGAAGAAAGACCAUCCAGUGCAUAUAUCUUGUGGCGGGGAGCACACUGCUGUCAUCACAGAAAAUGGGAGGCUGCUCAUGUUUGGUGGUAAUACCUGGGGCCAACUGGGGCUGGGAUUUAAGCCCGCUGUCAACAAACCUGCCUCUGUGAAAGCCUUAAAGUCCGAGAGGGUGAAGCUUGUAGCUUGUGGGAGAGAUCACACAAUUGUCUAUACAUGGCAGGGUAGUGUGUAUGGUGCUGGCAGUAACCAGGAGGGGCAGCUCGGUUUGGGCCACUGCAACAACACUACAUCCUUCCACCUGCUGCGUCCCUUCUGUGAUCAUGCACCAAUCAGAAUGCUUUCUGCAGGGUGCCACACCUCAGCUGCCUUAACAGAGGAUGGGAAGCUCUUCAUGUGGGGAGACAACUCUGUGGGUCAGAUUGGUUUAGGGGACAAGGGAUUUGCUGCAGAACCCAGAGAGGUGAAUGUUGGAGACGUGGUGAUAUGGGUCUCCUGUGGGUCCCACCACUCAGCAUUUGUCACAGUGGAUGGAGAUCUAUACACAUUUGGUGAGAGUGCACAUGGACAGCUUGGUCUCCAAGUGGAGCAGGUUGCCAGUCACAGAGUCCCUCAGCGGGUGCGAGGGAUUCUUGGCCGUGUCACUCAGGUGUCCUGUGGAGCAGAGCACACUGUGGCACUCACAGAGGAGAAUGUGUACACAUUCGGCAGGGGUCAAUACGGUCAGCUAGGCCAUGGAACAUUUCUGUUUGAAGCUGAUUUGCCAAAACCACUGGAACAGUUUUCUAAAAGCAGCAUCAGACACAUCGCCUGUGGAGAAAACCACACUGCUGUAAUCACAAACAGUGGGCUGCUUUACACGUUUGGUGAUGGUCGUCAUGGAAAACUAGGGUUGGAGGAGGAGAACUUCAUCAACCAGUUCAGCCCAGCACUUUGCAAACGUUUUCUCAAGUACAACGUUCAGUUAGUGUCCUGUGGUGGUAACCACAUGUUGGUCUUGGCUGCACCCAGACCACCAGAGAGCCAGGAAAUGGUGCCAGAGAAGGAUGUCACAAUCAAUGACCACUUUUUGGAGUCAAGUUAUACAGAAAUUCUCCUGCUGGACACUUUGAUAGAUCCAACUUCACUGGUCCCACUCUCAGCCCUCGCUGCUCGAGCCCGCCACAGAGAAAAAGGAAGUUCUGUGGAGCUGUUUGGGGAGAUGUUUCAGAACCUACCACGUCUAAAUUCUGGCUUCUUCGACACCUCCUGGCAAGCGUCCAGAAAUAUCCUAACACCUAAAACACUUUCAAAGGACAUUAGCACCCCUUCAUCAUCUCCCAAACCUCUAUCAAACAUAACAAGCCCACCAUUCUCACCCAGAUCUCAGUCCAAAGUCCCUAGGAGUCCAGUGUUAUCUUCGAAGCCAUCAAGCCCACAUUCUCAAUCAUCAAACAUGUUUCAAAAUAAAGCCUCCAGCACCACCUCCUCUAAAUCUAAAUCCAAAAAGUUGCCCUCUUCCUUACUGUCGCCCAAGUCUGUAGCUAAAUGUAACCCUGACAUCCCAGUCUUCCGAAAAAAGACUGCGAAAAAUAGAGUACAACAUGUGGCAACUGCUAAAAAGACUUUAAGCAACAAAUUGUCAUCUCCUCUACCACCUAAAGAGCCCUGCAGCCCCACCAGACCCCCCACUCAUGUUCCCAUUAAACAUCUCAGAGAGAAAGAGGAUCCUGCCUCACCACAAACAGAGGGAGAAACUAUUCAGAGACAAAUGAUCAUUGAAGAUGUGGGAAAGAAAGGGGUCAACUAUGACUUUCGGACAAAUAUGGAAAAGAAAAAGGGACGAGCUCUUAGAAGAGCUACGAAAGAGGCCGAGGAGUUUCCUAAACAGCUCCAGUCCAAUGGGAAGACAGACCAAAAUUCUCAUAAGGCCUUACCCACAGAGCUCCUGAAAGGCUCUAGCUCCUUAAAGAAAGAACUGUCUGCACUGAAGAGCACAAAGAAAAACCCCAAAGUCAAAUCCAAAGGAAAAGAGAACAUUACCAAGCAGUCCAAUAAAAUCAAAACUCAAGAAGCCAAACAAGCUCAAAAGGAGCUCUCCCAUUUUAAAUCACCAAAAUAUAAUAAGGGCAAAGUAUCAGAGCUGAGCUCAGAAAGUCCCCAGUCUGUUCGGAAGACACUGACUGAAGCACAGCAGAGACUGACUGAAGUGAGGGAAAAUGCCAGGAAAAAUAGAAAUUUGCACAAAGGUAAUAUAAACCAAGAGGAUGUGAAUGACAGUUCUUUAAAUAAAAACUUAAUAGUCAGACUAAAAAGGGAGGACACUAAAUCAUCAGCUUUGGACAAGACAUUUCCUGUUAUUAAGGUCACAAAAGGAAAUGAAAUAACCAACAUAUCUGUCCAAAGUGGAACUUCGACAUCUGCAGAAAAUUCUGCAAAGAAAGACAUCAAACAUGCACAAAUCCAGAUGAAAAAAACAGACGUCAAAUCGACUCCAACAAAAGAUCUGCACAAGGUUAAAUCUGCACCAGGAAAAGGUCGAAGUAAAACAGUGAAUGUUAAAUCACCACCUGUGAAAAAAGAAACCACACCUGUCACGACAACUUCUAAGGCUGAAACAGAGAAGUCCCUUACUUUGAUAUCUACACUUGUGAAAGUCAAAGGGAAGCCAAAACAGGUCAAAUCUUCACCAGUCAAAGAUCAAAGUGAACAUGCAGAAAAUACUCCAGUUAAAAGUAGAAGUGAGGGACAAGUUGCAGAAAAAGAGUUAAACUCUGCCAAAAACACAGCUCAAAAAAUGAAAGGUAAACCUGCACAUAAGCAGAAGUUACCUGAUGCUGACAGUGCUAAAGUAAAGGACAAAAAGAAAGCAAAGGGAUCUAAACUGAAGGCAAAGACAAAGCCAGGGGGAGAAGAAGGAGAGGAAAUCCAAAUUAAAGAUGAAGCUGAUGCAGAUACUAGAGAUGAUACAAGGACCGAGCCCAGGAGUAAUAAGACUGAAUAUCCACAGCAGGAUGCAUCAAUCGAAGUGAUGUGUAACCCCAUUUCCUCACAAAGCCCUAAGAGAACAGAGGUGGUUUCCGUCAGUGGCGCCAAAUCCCUGCAAGGCUCUGAACCUGCUGAUACUGAUCUGCUUGUUUCUCGGAGAGACAAAGAGGAACGUCAGAGUCUGACUGAGGAAAAACCAAGUUGGGGGGAAAUUCUCAAUAAUGCAGCCUCUCUUCUUCCCGCUGUUGGGAUCCCAGGUGCAGCUAUGGAGGUCCUUAGUGAGGCAGUGACAAGUGUACAGGCUUUCCGGUCAGACAGUGACACAGCUACCUCAACACCACCCAAAGCACCCAGUCGAACGAAGCAAUUCACAAAACAAAGUGCAAUUAUGCAGCCUUCUUUCGUCUCGACAGUGUCAAGUUUGUCUUCAACAGAAUCAUCAAAUUCAAUAGAAGAAAACACAAAUAAAGAUGCUCAAGUCAGUGUCCUAUCAGGGUCUGGGAAUGCAUCUCAAGAAGAAGAAAGUAAUGAGACCACUCAUCAUCAGUCAGAACAGGGGGCAGUGAAAAGUGACGUGACCGAGAAGAUCGAGGGUGAAGACACUUUACAAACUGAGGGGAAGAACAAUGGCAAAGACAUGGAAACUUCCCAACAAGAACAUGAAGAAGAGGAGGAUGAAGAUGAGAACAGCUCCAAGAUCUCAAAUAAAGAUGCAGGAGAAGAGGAUGAGAAUAAUGAGGGAGAGGAAUCAGAUACUGAGAAUGAGGAGAAGGAAGAUGGAGAGAGUGGAAGCAAUGUGGAAGACAAAGAAGAAGCGGAAGAGGGAGGUGAAAGUAGCAAUGACAUAGAUGAUGAAGAGGAGAGUGUUUUUGGAGAGGGUGACGAAGAGCAAGAUAAUGAAUCUGAGGAAGAAGAAGGUGAGGUGAAAACAAGCUCCAGCAGUGAGGAAGAAGAUGAAGGAAGUGAGAAGAGUGAUGCUACAGAACCUGAAGGGGAGGAAGAAGAGGAAGAAGAAAGUAGUGAGGAAGGGAGUGACUCUGAAACAGCGGAGGAAGAGAGAAGUGAAAGUGAAGAAUCCAGUGAAGAAGAGAGUAAAGAGAAAGAAGAUGAAAGUGAGAUGAGUGAGGAUGAAGAAGAUGACAGUGGUGAAGAGUCAGAGGCGAGUCCAGCUGGCAGCAAGAGCGAAGAGUCAGAAAAUGAGGAGGACAGAGAGGUAAGUGACACUGCAGAGUCUGCAAAAAGUGAAGAAGAGGAAGAUGAAGAAGAAAAUGAGGUUGAUGAAGACGAAGAGGGUGAAUCUGAAGAGCAAAAAGAUGAUCAAGAUUCCUCCGAAAGUGAGGAUGAGGAGAAAGAUUCAGAAGAAGAGGAAGAAAAAGAUGAGAGUGAAAGAGAGGAAGAUGAUGAGAAACAGGAUGAAGCAGGUGUUGCGAAUGAUGAAGAGGAACAGGAAGACAAUGAGGCUGAUCAAGAGGAGGAAGAGCAAGAUGACAAUGAGGGGGAGGAGGAGGAGUUGUUGGAUGAAGGGGAAAGUGAGAAAGAGUCAGAGGCUGCAGAGGAGGAGGAGGAAAAUGAGGGUGAAGAAGAGGAUGAAAAAGAGGAAGUCACAGGGGAUGAAGAAGAAGAGGGUGAGGAAGAAGUAGCAGAGGAGGAAGAUGAAGAGGAAGAGAGUGAAAGUGAGGAGGAGAAAAUAAAGAAAAAAGAGAAUAGUAUGGAGGCUAAUAAAAAGACUUUGGUAGAGACUGAGGAGGAGGAGGAGGAGGAAGGGGAUGAGGAUGAGGAAGAGGAAGAUGAGGAGGAGGUGGGUGAGGAAGAGGAAGAUGAGGAGGAGGUGGGUGAGGAAGAGGAAGAUGAGGAGGAGGUGGUUGAGGAAGAGGGCAGUGAAACAAAGAUUAAACCGAAAACAGAGACAAGACUCAAAAAUCAGAGAGAAAAAAGAAAAUUUGAACAAACUGAAGAAAAGAAACGUCGUGAUUCUGAGGAAAAUGAGGGUGAGGAAGAGGAAGAGGCGAAGGAAGGGGGAGAAGAAGUAGGUGAGGAGAAAGAGGAGGAAGCAGAGGAAGAACAGUAUGAGGAAAAAGGAAAGGUUUCAAAGGUCAGACAUAGUCAAAAGCUGGCUGAAGAUGAACAGGAGAGUGAGGAAGAGGACGAUCUGACAGAAAAAGAGGGCGGUACAAAAGUGGAAGAGAAGGAAGAAGAGGAGAAGGAAGAAGAGGAGAAGGAAGAAGAGGAGGAGGAAGAGGAGGAGGAAGAGAAGGAAGAAGAGGAGGAGGAAGAGGAGGAGGAAGAAGGAAGGGAAGAGGAGGAGGAAGAAGAAGAAGAAGGAAGGGAAGAGGAGGAGGAGGAAGAAGACGAGGGAGAUGAAGAGGGAAGUGAAGAGGAAGAAGAAGAGAAGGAAGAAGAAGAGGAAAAAGGCAAAUCAACAAAAACAAAAAAAGAUGACACACAGAAGUUGCCUUCUGAAGCUGCUCCCCCAGACAGAAAAGUGAAAGAGCAGAAAGAAACACCCAAACCAGCACCAAGGACAAAGCAGAGAGCUGCAGGCGAGAAGAAACCAGAUGAGGCUCAGCAGUUCUGGAACAAUGUACUGCCACAGUAUCUGGACCUGCAGUGACGUUACCACACAGUGUAUGACUGAAAGAACAAACUGUCUCAAGCCAACAGCAAUCGGCUGCCGAAGCGUCGUGCAGUACGAGAGUUCUGCACACUGUGAGUCAGACUCAACCAAAGUGUCAGCUAAAUAUGUAAAGUACUGUUUUCUUAUUGUACACAAAAUAAAAUACAUUGGUCCAUCUCUCAAUAA